GCAGUAUUCGCGCGUCAGCGUCGUUUGGAGCCGCGACGCUGAACAUGGCGCGUUCCUAGAAGCCGCUUUCGGCAUCAGUAGGCGGCGGCGUGUAGAUUGGAAGCGUGGGGCGCGGGACCAACCGACUUCGCUUCGUGUUGGGGAGUGGAAGCGGGAGAGCCGGGCUAUUCCGGACCGAACCAAACGGUUUCCAUGGAUCUCAAUAGUGCCAGCACUGUUGUUCUUCAGGUCUUAACCCAGGCCACCAGUCAGGAUACUGCUGUGUUAAAACCAGCAGAGGAGCAGUUGAAACAGUGGGAGACACAACCAGGUUUCUAUUCAGUGUUGUUGAAUAUUUUCACAAACCACACUCUGGAUAUAAAUGUAAGGUGGCUUGCCGUGCUGUAUUUUAAGAAUGGAAUUGAUCGUUACUGGAGACGUGUAGCGCCUCAUGCUCUCUCGGAGGAGGAGAAAUCUACUUUGCGUGCAGGGCUAAUCACCAACUUCAAUGAACCAGUAAACCAGAUUGCAACUCAGAUUGCAGUGCUGAUUGCCAAAGUUGCUCGAUUGGACUGUCCUAGACAGUGGCCUGAACUGAUUCCCACUCUUAUAGAAUCUGUGAAAGUCCAAGAUGAUCUUCGACAGCACAGAGCAUUACUUACCUUCUAUCAUGUUACCAAGACACUGGCUUCCAAACGUCUGGCUGCUGAUAGGAAACUGUUUUAUGAUUUAGCUUCUGGAAUUUAUAAUUUUGCCUGCUCUCUGUGGAAUCACCAUACAGACACAUUCCUUCAACACGUUUCUUCUGUCAGUGAAGCUGCAGUUCUAAGUUCACUAGAACGAACUCUGCUGUCAUUGAAAGUGCUGCGUAAAUUAACUGUUAAUGGAUUUGUGGAGCCUCAUAAGAAUAUGGAGGUGAUGGGUUUUUUACAUGGAAUAUUUGACCGUCUGAAACAAUUUCUGGAAUGCAGUAGAAAUAUAGGUACAGAUAACGUAUGUAGAGAUAGACUGGAAAAGACCAUCAUUCUUUUUACUAAAGUGCUUUUGGACUUCUUGGAUCAGCAUCCAUUUUCAUUUACUCCUCUAAUUCAGAGAUCACUGGAAUUUUCUGUAAGCUAUGUAUUUACAGAAGUUGGUGAAGGCGUUACGUUCGAACGAUUCAUUGUUCAAUGCAUGAAUCUUAUUAAGAUGAUUGUUAAAAAUUAUGCUUAUAAGCCAUCCAAAAAUUUUGAAGAUAGUAGCCCUGAAACUCUAGAAGCUCAUAAGAUUAAGAUGGCAUUCUUCACAUAUCCCACUUUGACAGAGAUAUGUAGAAGAUUAGUCUCUCAUUAUUUUCUGCUAACUGAAGAGGAACUGACCAUGUGGGAAGAAGACCCAGAAGGGUUUACAGUGGAAGAAACAGGAGGAGAUUCUUGGAAAUACAGUUUGAGGCCUUGCACUGAAGUACUAUUUAUAGAUAUAUUCCAUGAAUAUAAUCAGACUCUUACUCCUGUACUUCUGGAAAUGAUGCAGACACUUCAAGGACCCACUAAUGUGGAAGAUAUGAAUGCACUAUUAAUCAAAGAUGCUGUGUAUAAUGCUGUUGGAUUAGCGGCUUAUGAGCUGUUUGACAGUGUUGAUUUUGAUCAGUGGUUUAAAAACCAACUUCUUCCAGAAUUACAAGUCAUUCAUAAUAGGUAUAAGCCAUUGCGACGCAGGGUGAUUUGGCUCAUCGGUCAGUGGAUUUCUGUGAAAUUCAAGUCUGACUUAAGACCCAUGUUAUAUGAGGCAAUUUGUAAUUUGCUUCAAGAUCAAGACUUAGUGGUCCGUAUUGAAACAGCUACAACACUGAAGUUAACUGUUGAUGAUUUUGAAUUUAGAACAGAUCAAUUUCUACCGUAUUUGGAAACCAUGUUCACACUACUUUUCCAGCUACUGCAGCAAGUUACAGAAUGUGACACAAAGAUGCAUGUUUUGCAUGUCCUUUCUUGUGUGAUUGAAAGAGUCAACAUACAGAUACGACCAUAUGUAGGAUGUCUGGUACAGUAUUUGCCUCUUCUUUGGAAGCAGAGUGAAGAGCACAAUAUGCUGAGAUGUGCUAUUCUGACAACACUUAUUCAUCUUGUUCAGUAUGGCUUAUAUUGUGGGAACCAGCAUAGGCAGUUAGUGACUUUGGAAAACAGCCCAUGUGUUACACCAGAGUUGCUUCGUAUAUUUCAGAAUAUGUCCCCACUUCUUGAACUAAGUUCAGAAAAUCUCAGAACCUGCUUUAAGAUCAUCAAUGGUUAUAUCUUUUUAUCAUCAACAGAAUUUCUACAGACAUAUGCAGUGGGUCUCUGUCAGUCCUUUUGUGAGCUGCUAAAGGAAAUUACUACAGAAGGUCAAGUUCAAGUGCUCAAGGUUGUGGAAAAUGCCCUUAAAGUGAACCCAGUAUUAGGUCCACAAAUGUUUCAACCGAUUCUACCCUGUGUUUUCAGAGGUAUUAUAGAAGGAGAGAGGUAUCCUGUUGUGAUGUCAACAUAUCUUGGAGUUAUGGGUCGAGUCCUGCUACAAAACACUAGUUUUUUUUCUUCACUUCUUAAUGAGAUGGCACAUAAAUUUAAUCAGGAGAUGGACCAGCUUUUGGGAAAUAUGAUUGAAAUGUGGGUUGAUCGUAUGGACAACAUUACGCAGCCUGAAAGGAGAAAACUUUCAGCUUUGGCUUUGCUUUCUCUUCUGCCAUCUGAUAAUAGUGUCAUUCAAGAUAAAUUCUGUGGGAUUAUAAACAUCUCAGUGGAGGGCCUACAUGAUGUCAUGACAGAAGAUCCUGAAACAGGAACUUAUAAAGACUGUAUGUUAAUGUCUCAUCUUGAAGAACCAAAAGUUACAGAAGAUGAAGAACCACCCACAGAACAGGAUAAGAGAAAAAAGAUGCUGGCCCUGAAGGACCCGGUGCACACAGUGUCACUGCAGCAGUUCAUCUACGAGAAGCUGAAGGCCCAGCAGGAGCUCCUGGGGGAGCAAGGCUUCCAGUCCCUCAUGGAGACCGUGGACACAGAGAUCGUCACGCAGCUACAGGAGUUUCUGCAGGGCUUCUGAGAGCACAUGAGCUACGGCGGCCUCCCCUUCCUGAGGCCGGCCGAGGAGCCCAGCUGCCGUCUGUGUGAGAGCCUGCUGAGGCGGUGGAGAAGUCCCUGUGUAUGACAAAGAAGUGAAGACCAGGCAUCUUGACUGCAAGAUUGAGUGAAUACAUGUAAAUCCCGCACAACUAAAAUCACAAACCUACUCCUCAAAAGAAUUUAAUUUUAUAUUUCAGAGGGGCCCUGUGUUUACUAGAUAUAGAUUUGAUGACACUAGCUGCUUAGUUUUCUGUUAAGAGAGGAAGCCGUGUGAUUACCUUUUAAUCAUGUGCUCUUAACACUUGAGAAGAUGAAGGUUCAUGUCUGCGAUGUCUUUCUGCAACCAGAAUUAGUAUUAAUUUGGCUGCUUUAUCCCUUUUUUAAGCUAAUGAAACUGCAAGUUUGAAAGAUGACAGAGCUGUUCAGAUGAUGCAAUUAAAGAAAUUUGUGCACCAGGCAAAAAUAUAUAAAUAGUGACAAAUAUAUAUUACUGAGGUUAUCUUGCAAGGGAGUUGCUUUCAUCUGACAUAGAAAAUGUGUUUUAUCAAAUGCUUUUAUUUUCAUUUUACUAAUUUGAUACAAGAAAUUAGUAAAGGGAUUUUUUUCUCGUUUUAUUUUCAGUAAUUACAUUUAGUCUUUAAAUGCGUAUCAUCAGGCCCACAGAAGGGAGCCUGGGGUACUGCGGUAUCAGGUGGGAGACCUCUGGUCGUGAUUUGGCCCUAGCUCCUUCAUUACUCCUGAGGGUCGGGAGCACUGCGAGCCCCGAGAAGCCCCGGGCAGCCCACAGACCCUCCUGUGCUAUGACGCGGCUGUGACAGGCCGCUCCGCACUCAACCCACCCCAUGCUCCUCACCACAGGGGGGCAUCGGGGCCGCAGUAUUAUGGGUGCACCUCGGAGGAUCCAGCAGCAGUCCCCAGGGUACCGACACUCAUGUGACAAGUCUUCCUUCCUUAUUCCUCCAACACGCAGUACCAAAAAAGGGGAAAAAGGAGAAAAUAAAGCCUUACUUUGUUUUACUUGCCAUUUGUUGUAAGGAACCUUUAAAGCAUUUUUAAGGAAAUACUCAAAAGCAAGGUUGGAAAAUGUCUGAUCUUUCUAUAGAAAGUUGGGUACAGUAUGUGACUGCAGGAAACCCACUGCCCCUUUGUAAGCUGUGGAACCCCAAAUGUAUGGAAAUACUUGGUGUUUUCAGCAAGAGAAAGAAAAUAUGGUCCAAAUUAAAUUUUCCAAAGAUA